AUGGCUAGAGCGUCGUUCGUACUUGCCAUUGUAUGGCAAGUGUGCGCGCUCUUCUCCGGCCGGUCGGCUCUGGGAUCGCAGAUACGCAGCCCUGAUAAACCGCAGGCGCUCGCUGGACUGCCGGAACCCAGUAGCGGCCAGGCGCCUCCGGAAACCGUAUAUUCGGGCCCUCCACCGAAGAGGAUUGUGCCGCUCAUACCCAUACAACGGGACAUCAGCCGGACGGAACGCCUGAGCAAUGAAGUGAGCAUUCGCUCGUUAUCGCCAGAAUCGCAUCUUGUGAAAGUCCACACGUCGAACUGGGACAAUGUGGCGGCAGGAAAAGUACACCACGUCUUCGCCGGUAGGGGCCCCAACGGGUCACUGGGCGUUGACGACGAUACGGCAAGAAGACAUGCCAAUCGCAAUGCCAACAACUGUGGCAGCGGUUCCACAUCAAAAGCAACACCGGAGCCAUCGGAGGACAUCAGCGCUGGUAAUGGAGAGACACGACACGAGGCUAUCUUCCCCCGCGCUCCUGCGAAUGCAUGCCUAUCAAUAGGGAGCCUGCGACACACGGUAUUGGUCAUGGAAGCGUUCAUCGGAUCGCCUGUACAACGGUUCCUGCCAAUGUUGGACACUGGCAGCACUAACGUAUGGGUUGUGCACGAGGAUUGUGAUUCGGACGGUUGCCGUGGUUCGAUGAAGUACGACCCCAGGAAGUCCAGCACCUUCCGUCCGGCACCUGAUCAGAAGUCGUAUGUGCGCGCGAAGUUUGUAUCGGGUGAGGUUCUGGGUGAGUUGGGCUUCGAGGACUUUACCAUCGACGGUGUUACCGUGCACUCACAGCCCUUCGCCAUGCUGCGUCGCAUCCCCGACGCGACGACGAACAACGUCCUACAGGUGCGAAUAUCAAUAUUAACGACAAUAAUGAUGCAGGCGACCCAUUUCCACGGGAUGAUCGGUCUCGCGUUUCCUGACCUCAUGAUAGUGAAGUCCGAGCCGCUGUAUGAGCGAUACUUGCGCGCUCUUGAGGCGGCGCCAAUAUUCAGCUUCUACUACUCACUCGACGGCCACCAUUCUGCUGUUCUACUCGGAGGAGCCGCUGAUAAGCUCCAUAAAGGCCCCAUUCGAAUGAUACCGGUGGUCACAGGCUACUACUGGCAGGUGGUUCUCCGAGAGGUCUGGUUGGGUGAGCGGAAGGUUUGCUGUGACGGCGCGGCCUACGCGAUUUUUGAUACCGGCACUGCUUUUAACAGCAUGCCACACCACUCGUUCGUGCAGUUGAUGGAUCUCUACUCGUCGCUGGGUUCUGAAGGCGAAUCGGUGCAACGGCUCUCCGACAUGCCAAUCAUACGGUAUGUCUUUGGGAAUGGUGUGGAAGCUUCCGUACGUCCUGAGCAGUAUUCCUUCGUCUCCGGCGGUGUUUACCGUCCGGCUUACAUGCAAAUUAACGUCAACGUGGCUGGCGGACCUGCAUACAUCCUCGGUAGCGUCGGCUUCAUGCCGCACUAUUACACCGUCUUCCAGGGUGGUAGCCACCCAAUGGUAGGUCGCAAUUUUCUUUGUCUCAAAUGA